AUGGGAAUACCGUCACGCUCCCUCAGCUUGGCAUUGUGUGUUGCUAGUCUUGUAGACGCUGUCAACUUCGAGCCAGGAAACUGGACUAUAGGGCAGGUGGUUCAGACCAGCAGCGGCUCGGUGUUUGGGCAUCCGGCAUCUGUGUAUCAAGAAGUCUCUGAGUACUUGGGCAUUCCGUAUGCCGUUCCACCAGUAGGAAAUUUGAGGUGGACUACGCCACAGAUGUUUAGCGGUACGGAUCCUAUCAAUGGAACAGAUUAUGGUUUCUCCUGCCCAGCUGUUAUACAACCCACCGACCUCAGUAACUUUCCACGGCUAAACGUCACAACAAGCGGCCUGACGUAUCUCUCACUGCUUUCACAGACCGGGGAUAAAUUCGACGAGGACUGCAUCACCAUAAACGUCUGGACCAAGCCUCAAAGUGGAGAAGUUAAGAAGGCCGUUCUUGUGUGGAUAUAUGGUGGAGAAUUCAGCUCCGGAAAGGAUGUAGUGCUGGUCUCGUUCAACUACCGGCUGAACAUUUUCGGGUUUCCUGGUAUACCGGAUAGCACACAAAACUUGGGUCUUCUGGAUCAACGUCUAGCUAUUGAAUGGGUUCAGAAAAACAUCGAGGCUUUUGGUGGUGAUGCUUCGAGGAUCACUCUGUUCGGCCAAUCUGCUGGGGGUGCCUCAGUUGACUAUUACACCUACGCCUGGACUAGUGACCCCAUUGCCCACGGCUUCAUUGAAGAGAGUGGAUCCCUCUUUGGCCCUGCAGGCGGCCUCGGUGCCAUAUCCGCGGAGGCAGCAGCUUCAAACUGGUUUAACUUGACCAACGCCCUCGGCUGCGUCGACGAAAUGAUAGUGUUUUCGAAUUACAAGCAACGGUCCAUCAGCGGCAACCUUAUUAAACUCCCCCUCCUGCUCGGUACUACCAACAACGAAGCAGGACUGUUGCGUUCGCUUGAUGGCUUGCUCAACCUCUCCUAUCCAGACCCCUACUGGAAUGCUUUCAACGACUUCGUCUUUGUAUGCCCGUGCUCAACCCGUGCCAAUAUCUCCAUCAGUAAUCGCAUCCCAACAUGGCGGUACGGCUGGUUCGCCUGGCACUCCAGCGAGCUCGCCGUGUUGUUCAACAACACCCCGAACGGACAAGGCCUGAAUGGGCAGAUGAUACCAAAUAAUACUGAAGCGGAAAUUCAGAUUGGGUCGUAUAUGCGUGGUGCGUGCGCUACGUUUGCAAAGGACCCGAUGAAUGGGCUGAAGAGCUAUCAAGACGGGAGGCCACAGUACGAUCUAAGCGGAAAUACACUCGUUAGGUUUCUUGGACCUGAUAGCUAUGGGAAGUUCUCAACUACCCAAGCUAAAUAUAUUUAA